GUUGGUUACAUUGCAUUCCAGCUGAUAAUUAGUCAGAACACCCUAAAUUUUAAAUUUUGAGUUUUCGGAAAAUAUAGGAACGAUUUUUUACUAUUAUAAUCGUCUAUAUGGAUAGCUUUACCGUAAAACUUUAUUUAGUGCUACCUUGUUUAUAGGCGACAUAGCUUAAUAUUUAUAUUCUUAGUUAAAUUUAACUUUAACCUCUAAUUUUUGGUAACAAAUCAUCAUUUCUCAUCUAUACUUCGACUAACCAAAUGAGAAUACUAGCUAUAAAAGAGAUAUCAAUUUGCAAGUUAAUGUAGUCAAGAAUGAUUGAAAACUGAGUGAUAAUAGAUAACAAUGAGAAUUAGAAUCAAUCGCCGGUUGUUUCGAACUAGCUUUACUUGGUUGAGAAGAUGUGGCUUAAGAACAAUUUCAAUUUUUGGUUUAAUAACUUUUUUUUUAUUUCUUAUUGUUUUAAUAUCGCUUAGCAAUUCUGAGUCUUCAGCUAAAGUCGUUGCACAAGAUGGUAUGUUUUAAUUUAUUAAUCUUUUCUCUUUUCUCAUGAAAUUUUAUUAUGGCUCAGGUAUGACUUCUAUACCAAUGUUAAUAGUUAGAAAAGAUAAAUGCGACGCUUGUUAUGGAGAUAACUUCUGCAAUCAUGUAAUGAAGGGUAGCAUAGUUAUGGACAUUCCACAUAAAGCAACCGCUAUGAGUUCCAAAGGAGCAUACGUUGGUCAGUGGGAAGGAAAAAGUAUUGUUGUAAAGACAGGUGCUGGCACAGAUCGUUUCAUGAUGUUUGAUCGAUAUUCAUGUAACACUGUAUUUCAAACACCUGAUUGCGAUGUUACUUCAUCAAUAUCUAAUAUAUCAAAUAUCGACAUCGACAUCAUUAGAAAUUUACAAGUCAAGAUUCAUGGUAGGCCCUUACCUUUUUCGUAUUGCUCGUCUAAUGAUUUACUAAACGAGCUUGUAGCCGGAUAUUCAAGGUAUCCGAUAAACAGAGCCACAAAUUUCUUAUUCACGUCAUUGGUCAUUAAUCCUGAGUUUGCAUUUCUUAAUUUUUUUACCAAGAACCACAAUUUGCCCUUUCCAAGGAAUUAUGGUUCUUGCGGCCGAGUUUCAAUAAUAGAGCGUAAUGGAAGUCCUUUGGAAACAUUUCUAGAUAAUCCGUUUAAAGAAAGGGCAGAGAUUGCUUUCCAUAUUUUGAAAAGUUUAAAAUCCUUAAUAAACGACCAGGAUAGAUGGUCACUGUCCUAUCUGGAUUUAAGCUACGAAAAUAUCUUAUAUAAUGAAAAAUCGAAAUCGAUUCUUUUUACAGAGAGUGGUAAUCUUGUAAUAAGCCAGAAGAUAAACUACGAUUGGACCGCUUUGGGAUUAUGCAAUGAGAAUUGCAUGUCUAAAGAGGCAAUCUACAAAAUUCUUGAAAAUCAAAACUGCGCUUCUUUUACCUAUCAAGCGGCACAUUCUAUGUUUGCCACAGUGUGUGCUCAAAUAUUAACCGAUUCAAAUGAUAUACGGAAAAAAUUUGGAAAUAAACUUUUGGGUGAAACAAUACCAAAAGGUUUAUUACAUUCAUCAACCGAUGAUGUCAGCAAGAGUCUACAGGAACUUUUAUCUCAGUGUGUUACAGAGUCACUAGUGAAUGGACGAAUGAACGCCGUUAAAAAGUUAAUGGCCAUUUUAAAAAAUAUUAUUAAUUCUACUUGA